GCUCGAUGCUUGGUUCAUCAACCCCUUUGCUCUGAGUAGACAUUCAACCCUAACCCGUAAGCAUCCCAGAAAUGCAUGCAGGGAUUCUAAGUGCCCCACAUUUACCAUCGCGAAAGAGGUGCGUUUCCAGGCAGGCAAUCGAGUCCCCUCCAGCUUCAGCGCGUCAAUUCCACUGGACGGACGCGGAAAGCUUCCUCUCUUUUCCCGUUAUAAAGUGACAUCACCCACAAACGAUCAAGACACCCUUCCGACUGUCUUCAACCACCGACGUCCGAACUCUGCACAGCAUCGCAAUCGCCUUCCUAUCUUGCCAAUCCAUCGAAAACUCGAACCCAGCAUCGCAUGAACCACAACCACAAAGAUGGGUAUUAAACAGCUUUUCUCAAUCAUCAAAGAUGAAGCGCCGGACGCCAUCAAGGAGGGCGAGAUCAAGAACCAGUUCGGUCGCAAGGUUGCCAUUGUGAGUUUCUCCAUGAGCAUCUACAGCUUCCUAAUCGCCGUCCGCUCCGACGGCCAACAACUAAUGAACGAAGCCGGCGAAACCACCUCGCACCUAAUGGGCAUGUUCUACCGUACCCUACGGAUGGUCGAGAACGGCAUCAAGCCCCUCUACGUCUUCGAUGGCGCACCGCCCAAGCUGAAAUCAGGCGAGCUAGCCAAGCGAUUCCAGCGCAAGCAGGAAGCCACCGAAGGGCUGGAGGAGGCCAAAGAAACGGGAACGGCCGAGGACGUGGAGAAGUUUUCGAGGCGAACAGUCCGCGUCACGCGCGAGCACAAUGCCGAGUGCCAGAGGUUGUUGAAGUUGAUGGGCAUCCCUUACAUUGUGGCGCCGACGGAGGCGGAGGCGCAGUGCGCGGUGCUGGCGCGCGCGGGCAAGGUGUAUGCGGCGGCGAGCGAGGAUAUGGAUACGUUGUGCUUUAAUACGCCGAUUUUGCUGAGGCAUUUGACGUUUAGCGAGCAGAGGAAGGAGCCGAUUCAGGAGAUCCAUUUGGAGAAGGUGUUGGAGGGGUUGAAUAUGGAGAGGAAGCAGUUCGUCGACCUCUGCAUCCUCCUCGGCUGCGACUACCUCGACCCCAUCCCCAAAGUCGGUCCCAGCACAGCGCUCAAGCUGAUCCGCGAGCACGGCACGCUCGAAAAGGUGGUGGAGGCGAUGAAAGCCGACCCCAAGGGCAAAUACCAAAUCCCGGAGGACUGGCCGUUCGAGGACGCGCGCGCGCUCUUCUUCGAGCCGGACGUGCGGCCUGCCGACGACCCGCUGUGCGACUUCAAGUGGGAGAAGCCCGACAUCGAGGGGCUCGUACAGUUCCUCGGUCACGAGAAGGGGUUUUCGGAGGACCGCGUCCGCAGCGCGGGCACAAAGCUCGAGAAGAACAUGAAGACCUCGCAGCAGGCGAGAAUCGAGGGCUUCUUCAAGGUGCUGCCUAAGUCCGAGGAGGAGAAGAAGGCGCAUAAGCGCAAGCUGGAGGAGCAGGCGGAGCAGAAGAGGAAGAAGGUCAAGGACGAGAAGAAGGAGAAGGCGAAGCUUAAGGCGAAGCCUCGUGGUGCUUAGGGCGGGAAUGUCAUUUCGUGGCCGAUUACCUACCGUGUUCUGAUGGGUGCUGGAGUUUCAGGAGUUUCUUGGAGUUUACAGGCGGGAAGGAAAAGGAUACGGGUUGGAUAUGCGUGCAUCGUUCCAGCACGUUGAGGAAUCCGUGGAACUCGAGGUUUCGGGAAUAUGCAUCUUUUUUUUUGUUCAUGCGAAUGAAUGAUUGAGUCCUCACAGAUCUACCACCAUCUCCGGACCAUGUUUAUGUAUUAAUUAUCAUGGGAUACAGACCGCUAUCACGGAGCAAGUUGCUGCAAUAAGAAGUUUUGUUAUGUAUCCC